AUGGACAAUUUCACCAAGACAUUUUUGCUGGAUCAUCGUGUUGUCCAUGAGCAACAGUCAGGACAGGGUGUCGGUCGGGAGGUUUGGAAUGAGAAGAGGAUGAAUCAGAAUGGAAAUGAAAAUGAAUUGGAUCCGAUAGAGUCUUUGCCAAAAAUGGGAGUAGCUGGUUCGAGCAUAUUCGAAGCGAGAGAGCUUAGCAACCCAUUGAAGAUGCCACACACAAUCCUGCAUUUCUUGAUCUGGGCGGCGUAUUCAGUGGAGGGGUACCAGAGCCCCUGUGUAUUCAAAGGCAUGGAUAUGGAUGGAAAUAGCAAGAUGACAGCGCAAUUGAACAUGAAACGGUGGUUCCAAUUUCCAGCCGGGAAAUCCCUCGCAACAGUGGUUGGCGGAAAACGAAAGACACAUCCAAGCCACACAAUAGAAGCUGGAUUAUCUCAGCAAGACAUGGAUUUGCACGUGAUCCAGAGAUUUCCGCGAGAAUCCCCCGCGCAUGGACUGCAGGAUGAACAGCUUCAGAUCGAUCGUGAGCGGUUCGAGGCAGCAGGAUGGGCGCCCGGCCAUCGCCUGCUGUGA